AUGGAGCUUGAUCUGGAGAAGUCAUCAAGUAUUGGUUUCACUCUCAUUGAUUUUUCAAACAAUCGGUUCGAUGGACAAAUCCCUGAGGUACUUGCUGAACUUUGUUCUCUUCUGGUGCUCAACCUCUCGCAUAGUAGCCUAACUGGUCCCCUGCCGCCGUCGCUCGGAAGUAUAGCAGCACUUGAAUCACCGAUUCCAGUUGGGAAUAAAUUUAACACUUUCGAUAAUGAUUCCUAUGCCGGUAACUUGGCUUUGUGCGGCUUCCCACUGUCAAAGAAAUGUGGCAAUGACGAGGAUCCAAGGGCACCGACAUCAAAGCUGGGGGAAGAGGAAGGUUUUGCCACAGCCUUUAUCCGGGUUACAUCGUUUUCAAGACUGGAAGACUGUGUUGGUUCGUGA